AUGAAGGCAAGGCUCGUGUCUAUCAAUCAGAACAUUGUGGAAAUAGGCAACUACGAUUUAUUGCCAAUCGACUUGUGCAAGCAUUUGUUCUUGAUGUGCUCCAUCUUUCCUAACCAUUAUAACAUCCCCGUGGAAACCUUGACUAGAUACUGCAUGGGAUUGGCCUUAAUCCCAAACAUCGAGAGUUUGAAAGAAGCAAGAGACAAUAUUCAUCAAACAGUGGAAGAACUCAAAGAUGCUUGUUUGCUCUUAGAUGGGUCUCAUCUUCCAUCUAUUGUCAUAACUAAAGCUAAGGUUGUAAGUGCUGGAGCAAUAUUUCAACCUAUUUCCAAUGGUAAGUAUAUAAUGGAUAAAAGUUGGAUACUUAUUGGAAAUAGAGUGUUACCGCAAUAUUUAAAUGGUGUGGAGCAAUUUUUGAAUUUUACAUUUUCUAAUCUUGAGGUUGGUCUAAGAAUUCAACGUCCGUGCAUAAAAUGCAAUAAUGUUCUUUGGAAAACACGCGAUGAAGUGAGAAUAGAUUUAUGUAGGUUGGGAAUGAAUCAAACUUAUAAAAAGUGGAUUCAUCAUGGUGAACUAGAUCUAUCUUCAGAUGAUGAAACAAAUAUUAGUGAAGAUUCAAAUUUAGAAAAUGAUGAUGCUCCAAUUUAUGAAAUGUUGCAUGAUAUAUAUCAUGGUGUUCCCAAUACUAGUUAUGACUUUAAUGAGACAACUGAGUCACCGCACGAAGAGCCUAAUAAAGAAGCUAAGAGAUUAUAUAAGUUAAUGAAGGAUGCAGAAAAUCGAUUGUAUCCAAGUUGUGAGAAGUACUCCAAACUCUCUUUUAUAGUGCGUCUUUUUCAAAUGAAGUGUAUGCAUGGAUGGAGUAAUACUUCAUUUGACUCUUUGUUGAAAUUACUUAGUGAUGCUUUACCUAAAGAAAAUGUGCUCCCAGAUUCUAUUUAUGAAGUUCAAAAGAUAAUAAAAGAUUUGGGUUUAGAUUAUGUGAAGAUAGAUGCAUGCGUUAAUAAUUGUAUCUUAUAUAGAAAGGAAUAUGCGGAUCUUGAACAAUGUCCUAAAUGUGAUGAAAAAAGAUGGACAAUGAGAAAAGGAAAAGAUGUCAAUAGUGAGGUUGCUUCAGGUAAUUUGAAUAACAAAAAGAAAGCAAUUUCUAGAAAGAUUCUUAGAUAUUUUCCUAUUAUACCUAGAUUACAACGAUUGUUUAUGACAAAAGGAACCGCAAAAGAAAUGAGGUGGCAUAAGGAUGAACGAGUUGAUGAUGGAGUGUUACGACAUCCUGCUGACUCAUUGGCAUGGAAAAGUUUUGAUGAAAAAUAUCCAAAUUUUGCUUCAGAUCCUCGUAAUGUAAGACUUGGACUUGCUUCAGAUGGUUUUAAUCAUUUUGGUUCAAUGAGUAAUUCAUAUAGCAUGUGGCCAGUUAUCUUGAUUCCAUAUAAUCUUCCCCUAUGGCUAUGCAUGAAACAAUCUAAUCUUUUGUUGUCUUUACUUAUUCCUGGACCAAAAGGUCUUGCUAUGGAUAUUGAUGUGUAUCUCCAACCUUUGAUUGAUGAUUUGAAAAUCUUAUGGGGGGAUGGAAUUGAGACUUAUGAUGCUUUUAUGAAACAAAAAUUUCAAUUACAUGCUUCUUUGUUGUGGACGAUCAAUGAUUUUCCUGCUUAUGGUAUUUUAUCUGGUUGGAGCACUAAAGGUAAAUUAGCUUGUCCAGUUUGUCAUAUGCAUACUUGUUCUGCUUACUUGAAACAUGGUCGAAAGCAAUGCUAUAUGGGUCAUCGUAGGUUCUUGGAGAUGAAUCAUCCUUAUUGUCGGAAUAAAAGUUUUUUCGAUAACACAAAGGAAGAAAGAAUUGCACCACAUGCUUUGAGUGGUGAAGAUCGUAUUGUACCACUUAUCAUUAAAGAAAUUUUACCAAAAGAUGCACAUGACCCAUUAAUUGAAUUGUCAUUGUUCUUUAAUGAUUUGUGUUCUAAAGAGUUAUCUGUGGAGAAGCUAGAAUAG